CGGGGCUGCGAGAGCCGCCCUGCUCUGCCGCCAGCGCUCUGCGUGCGGGCGGCCCCGCGCGGUUUCCAGUCUGCCGGUGGCGGCGGGUUUAGCAGAAAAUGAUUCAGCUGCCGUAAUCGGGGCCAUCACGGCUGGGAAAUCCGGCCCCCAGCGAGGAAUCCCCUGUUUCCCUGCCCACACUGCCAGCGCCACGGCCCUCCCGGGUCCCUGCCCUGCCCGUGGAAGGGGUGUCAACGUGGGCACCUCCUCGCCGCCCCCCGGAGCUGUCUGGGCAGAGGGGCUGCCCUGCGUGUAGCACCUGGCACCCCGCGGGGGAGCUGUGACCUACUUUGGGACGCGCACACAAGGCGUGAUAGCAUCGGGGAGAGCGUGAGCCAGGCACGGCUUCCUCUCGGGGCGGAAAUCACCUCCUCUGCGAGGGAGAUAAACCCCAGGAAAGUUAAAGCUGGCAGAGUUAACCCCCCCCGCGCCUAGCUGCCGACAACUCCCUGGACCUGCAAUCCAUGGCACCACCAGCAGCGCGCCCGACUCACUCGUCCCCAUCCCUGGGGACACGGCAGGGCUCCUGUCGUCACAGGUGGUCGAGCUUCCCGGCACCACUCCCCAGCCAGCCUGGAAGCACCCUUUGCAGAGUGCACAGGGGCACAUGACAGCAGCCAUCUGGGCACAGGUUGUGGCACAGUGGCCCCCACCGGGCCAGCAGGAAGUGGUUUGCUCUUGUAGGGCAGGAAAGGCAGUGCACAGGGGCUGCCACGGGGCAUUCCCUGCCCUAGGGCAGCGCACCCGCACAGCUCAAGGGCACAGGGCCACCAAUCCAUCCAUUCUGCCCUGCACAGGCACUGGUGUCCACAUGAUACUGGACCUGGCUCUGGCUCCAGUAGCCCAUCAUACGUGGCUGGGAGUGGAGCAUGGUGUGAGGGCCAUCCCCCAUGGGUCCACGGCUCCUGGGGCACCCUGGCUGCCCGCAGCCCUGCUCUCUCUUUGCCCACAGGUGAUCCUGGCAGUGCUGGGGCUGGCAGCCAGCGAAUCACAGCCCCCGGGGUGGCAGAACCACGCAGUGCUGCGAGGACAGCGGGUCCUGGUGCAGCCACUCACCCGCCUGCGCAGACAUGCCACCAGACACCCCUGCCCCGCUGGCAUGAACUGGAUCGAGCGUACUCACCAGUGCUGUCACCAGUGUCCUGCAGGGACAUACCUGCACAAGCCCUGCACAAGCCACGACGACCGUGUCUGCUCUCCCUGUCCCAUCGGCACCUUCCGCUCCCAGCCCAACACCUUGACAGAGUGCCAGGCUUGCUACGAGUGUGACCGACAAGCUUUCCAGAGUGUUCUGAGCAACUGCUCGGCCACCAGCAAUGUUGCCUGUGGCUGUGAGCCUGGAUACUUCCGUGUCUGCCUUGACAAGAGCUGCAGCGAGUUCUCAUGUCGGAAGUGCCAGCCCUGCACUGGGCGCCUCAUCCAGCGGCCCUGCUCAGAGACUCAGGACACACUCUGUGAGAGCAGCUGCAAGCCCGACUUCUACACCGAGGGUGACGAGUGCCGGCCGUGCCACAUGAGCACCCUGGACACAUGCAGCAAAGAGUGCCAGCAAAUGUGUGGCGGCAGCAGCAGUGGCCAAGACUCAGGUCUGGAGUACAUCCUGCUGGGACUCACUGGGCCCCUCUUCCUGGGUGCCCUUGCCAUCUACCACAAGAGGAAGAGGCUCCGGCACGAUGCCCUGGCACCUGGUCCCCUGCCCACAGCACAGGCAGGCACCUCCAUGGCUGGGGCUGUGGCCACACCAUGGUGCCAGUUCAGUGUCCCGAGGUGGGACAGCCUGUGCUGGACCCAGCCGUGCUCCCCACAGGGGACAGAUCGUGCCACUGUCACAGUGAGGCAGAGCCCCAAGCACCAGGCUCUGCUGCGUGAGCAGCCCAGCGACGAGGAGGAGCCCUCUGCCCCACCGGAGCCCCGCAGUGCCCUACUGCAGGGCAGCCAGCUCUAUGCUGUCAUCGACGCUGUGCCAGUACGGCGCUGGAAGGAGUUCAUGCGGAUGCUGGAGCUGCGGGAGUCAGAGAUUGAGCUGGUGGAGCUGGAGGUGGCCCACAUCCGUGACCAGCAGUAUGAGAUGCUGAAGCGCUGGUGCCAGCAGACCAGCGCCACGCUGGACCGCGUCUUUGCUGCGCUGGAGCGCAUGGAGCUGGCCGGCUGCGCCGAGGCACUGCGCCAGAGCCUGCCAGCGGGGCCCUAGCCCCCAGCGUCACCCCAUGGCACAGGGAGGUCCUGGCACCUUCACAUCUCACUGGGCGCCUCUGCUGUGCCAUACCCCUAAGUAUUGUUACUUAUGCCGUGUAGACAUUUUAUGUCACUUUUAUGUCCCCUUCCUACCCACUGUGCCCCUCUAUUUAUGUCCCCCUGCUCCCAGGGCUAGGAGGGACCCCAUGCCCUGGCAGGUCGGCUGCCUGGCCACUCGCAGGACGAGCGGGCACCGAGCCCACUGCAAACCCAUGGGACAGUUCUCAAGGCUGCCCGCUGCCGGGCGUGCCUGUGCUCACCCCAAUAAAGUGGCGUGUUUUUCAUCGGCCGGCCCCCUCUCUUCCUCGCAGGGCUGCACCAGCAAGGCACCGAGGCACUGCUGACCUCAGGGCCACCACUGGUGAUGUGGCCACCACAGGUGACGGGCGAUGCGUGUGCUGGCAGAGAUGCAGGUGGUGUG